AUGGUCGGACGGGGACUGUGGGUAUGUAAGCCCCGGUUUGGAAAGCGAGGGAACAGGCUUGGUGUUUUACCUUUUCUGUGCGCGGCGAUAGCGAGCGCAGCCCUGCUUGCUCUGCUCUUUGUGGACUUCAUCGAGUUAUGGGUCACCUCCAUGAGCAUGAACACGGUGGUGGAGCCGCAUGCCGGCAUCAUCCCCCCGCAGAGCGUCCCUCCCACCAGACCCGAGGAGUUCCUGCUCAUGCCCAGCCCGCUCGUGUGCCAGCGUGCCAAGCCUUACCUCAUCACCAUGGUUACCUCGGCUCCUGCCAAUCAGAGAGCCCGCCAAGCCAUCAGGGACACCUGGGGAGGGGAGGUGGAGGUGAGGGGCCUGCGGGUCAUGACUCUCUUCAUGGUAGGUGUGGCGUCUGACCCGGGACUGGCCAAGUUGCUGAUAGAGGAGGCUAGAGAGCGAGGAGACCUGAUUCAGGGGCGCUUUCUGGACACCUACUCCAACCUGACCCUGAAAACUCUGUCAAUGCUGGGCUGGGCCCGCCGCUUCUGCCCUCAGGCUCACUUCAUGGGCAAAGUGGAUGAUGAUGUCCUGUUCAAUCCCAGUGCCCUCCUGCACUUCCUAAACAAGAGCCGUAACCCCUAUGAACAAGGAGACUUAUACCUGGGCAGAGUGCAUCUCCGUGUGGCUCCGGACCGUGACCCAGAGAGCAAGCACUAUCUCCCUUCGGGGGCCUACCCUCCUUCUGUCUUUCCAGACUAUUGCAGUGGUACGGCCUAUGUUCUCUCCCGCUCUGCAUUGCUCAAAAUUUCCUUGGCAGCCUCUGCAUCACCUUUAUCAACACCUCUUCCGCCUGAGGAUGUGUUUGUUGGUCUGUGUGCCCGGGCAGCUGGGGUGCUGCCCUCGCACUGCCCGCUCUUCUCUGGUGGCCCAGGUGUGCCAUACGGUCGCUGCUGCUAUCAGGCGAUGGUGUCCAUCCACCACACCCCACCCAGGGAGAUGCUGCACUAUUGGGCUGACAUCCAUACGUCACAACCCUGCUCCUGGCUGAGUCUACGCGCUUCCCUGGGGAUGUGCAAAGUCAGGGCGAUGCUCGGGUCAGCUCUGGGACUGGAGCAGGGCUUGUGAGGGCAGAUGAGAAGGACAACUGGACUUCGCUGGGGCUGUACCUCGCUCCAAUACUGUGAACAGCACAAGUGCUCUUCAGGCUGUGAAGCUACACUAUGUGCACUGAGAAAAUGUCACUUUAUUUUUAUAGCUUUAUUUUUUUAAACACGAUGAUGUAUUUAACUGGCUUUUUUUGCAGAAAAGGGAAUGAUCGGCUGGUAGUUAUAACUGUCACAGUAGUCUUUAACCUAUCCUUGGACUGUUAUAGCAUCCUUCAUUGUCACACUGACACAUAUUGUAGUUGCAGAACAAACAACAUCGGCAUGCUGUUGGUAUUAAGUGAGGAAAUACUGCUGCGUGUCUGCUGAAUGCACAUUAGAACAAGUAUUUC